AUGGACGGGGACAGCAGUAGCCAUACCCCGUCGGGUCCGAGCCAGCCCAGUUCGGGCAGCACGCCUCAGGGAACCACUGGCACGCAGUCCACCCAGUCGCAGAACCUUCCUACGCCCGCCGCGUCGUCCUCGUCGUCCGUAAAGCCACAGUCUAGCAGCACGCAGAAUUCGAAGCGGAGGAGAGGUCUUGGCGUGGUCACCCCGAAUGCCUGCACGGAAUGCCGAAAGAAGAGAGCAAAGUGCGACGGCCUGAGGCCGUGUGGGCGUUGCAAGGCUCAAAAAGAUGUCGAAUGCGUAUACGAAAUUCCCGUCCGCCAAUCCAAAGAAAAUCUUCGGACCGAGAUUGAGGGUCUCCGCCUUCGCCAGCGGUCCAGCGAUCAGGUUUUUGCUGCUCUCGUCAGACCAGAUGCAUGGGAGGAGGUACUGCGGCGGCUUCGCGGCGGCCAGUCCGUUGAGAACAUAUCCGACUGGCUAGGCACAGUAUUGGCUUCCGAUCUCAGCGGCGAUAAUGUCAUGGGCUCAGCUUCGGGCUCGGGGUUCGGGGCCGGCCCUUCCCACAGCAUAGGCCAGCUGUCCCUGGGAGUCGAUACAGAGGUAGCUAAGCAACCCAGUGUGCGAGGCGACGUGCAGCAGAACAGCCCGUGGACAAUAAGCCAAGCAGACUCGACGAGAAGCAGCUCGUACCCGGACGCCAUGAACUGGACCUCGGACAAUGCCUCAGGACCUCCACAGACAAGAGUGGGCUCGUGGGCGGAAAGCAUGCCACUGGACCACAUGUCUGGUUCUGCCAUGCCCAGAUAUAGAGGUCUUGAACAAAUUCUGUCCUUCAUGGAUGAGUCAGAAAUGAAGGCACCAGCUCAGUCUUGGACGAGCAUCACUGGCGACAUAAAUCUAGUCCAACACCUCCUCGCCUUGUACUUUUGCUGGGAAUACCCCACAUUCGCAUCGCUAAGUAAAGAACACUUCCUACAGGACUUUCAAGACGGACGCCACAGAUACUGCUCCCCCAUUCUCGUCAAUGCUCUCCUGGCUCUGGGGUGUCGAUUCUCGACACACCCCAUGACGCGGGCGAAUCCCAACGAUCCGUACACUUCAGGUGACCAUUUCUUCAAAGAGUCCCAAAGACUGUCCAAUCAAGAAACGGACCACCAUACCUUGACUACAAUUCAGGCUCUCGGCAUAAUGUCCAUUCGAGAGGCGAGCUGUGGCCGGGAUUCAGAAAGCUGGUACUACGCUGGACAGAGCAUACGCCUGGCUGUGGAGGUCGGGCUGCACCGAAUUCAGGACGGUUUGGAUGAGGAUGAGUUGGCCGUUCAGGCGGCCACAUUCUGGGGGGCUUUUGCUCUCGACCAUGCCUGGUCCCUGGCGACGGGAUCACUACCUCAAUUCUCUUGCUUCCCACACCUGCCACCCAAGCCCGGUAUCAUCGGCAACAUCGAGGCUUCGUUGUGGGUUCCGUACACAGAUGACGGAGCACCGCUCCAACGGUCCUGCGAACAGCCCUCAAACGUGCGGUCCGUAUACAAGUGCUUUUGCGAGCUCAGCGAGUUGGUGCACCAGUCACUGUACAUCCUGCACUCUCCAGGGAAGCCAUUGACAGCCAGGGAACUGUUGAAGAUUUACACGCAAUAUCUCAAUUGGUACGAUAGAAUUCCAGAGGUGUUGCGGCUGGGUCACAACUUUACCCCGGCCGUCUUGUUUGCCCACAUGUAUUAUCAUUUCGCGAUUCUUCUUAUAUUUCGUCCCUUGAUCAAACUUCGCAUCAUUGGGUCGAAGAUUCUUCCAAAGGACGUCUGUUCCCAGGCAGCCGACGCCAUUCAGGGCCUUCUCACGUCAUACUCACAAUUGUAUACUCUUCGGCGCACACCUUCCUUUGUGCCAUAUUUCGUGCUCACCGCCUCGAUAAUGCACCUCGCCAUUGGUGCGUCGGGCGCGCUCGACGUCAACCCGGGCAAGGUCACGCCUGAAGAUAUUAAGAAGGCAGUCAAGGUUGACUCUCGUGUCUCAGAAGCACUCAAGAAGGGCAUCGCCGAUCUGACGGAGAUGGCGCCCUGUCACCACUUCGCAGAACAGGCACUCAACAUCCUCCGGUAUCUUGCAAAGAAGUGGAACAUUGAGGUGGAUUUCGAUAACAACAACCUGACGCCGGAGGAUUACGACCGGUUGGUGCGGCCAUACACAAGCAGUCUGAACUUUUUCGCCCCCAAUGUCGGCGUAGAGGACUUUAUCUGCGAUUGGGGCUCAGGCAACCGGCUGGUGGCAAAUGAGCAGGGUCGACUGGUGGAAAAGGCGGCCGAGAGCCUGGAGAACCCGUUGUUUUGGCCGUUCCCAAUGCAAGGCCGGCCAAUGUUGCCGACUGGGAAGGAGUUGGAGCAGGUGGGAUUUGCCAUGUUGAACCAGGGUACGGACUAUAGGUAG